AGUGAGAACAAUACCAGUGCAAUGAUAUUUAUCAUAACAAUGAUAAACAAUAACGGAGCAACAAUGCAGUACCACUUCAAUGAUACAAAUACCAGUAAAUUCCCUCAUGUCAUACUCUAUGUGGUACAUGUAUCAGUUUAGUGAUACACGUACCACUCCACUAGUACACGUACCACUCCACUGGUGCGUUUCCUCUGCCGCCGUCUUCCAUAUGCUCGACGUUAGAGACGAAAUCGUCCAGACCAUCUUGAUGAUUUCCGGUCGUGUGAAAUGAUGAAGUCGAUGUCGCAGGAGAGGAGACUCGAGGGGAACGGAGGGACGGGAGAGGGUCGGCGGAAAGGGAGGCAAUGAUAAGUUGGGCCGCUGAUGGAAGUUGGCCGACGGAGGGUGAACCGUCGGAGGCAGGGUUUGCUGGACUGAGAAGACGCCGGGAGAGGGUUCUGG